CCCAUCCCAGCCGCGCGAUUCAGAGGAUGAAGCAGCACAGUGGUAAAGCCUCGAAGCAGUUGCAUGUCAGGUGAAGCCGAUCCCUCGGAUGGAGGUCCUUCAUCCAGCACCUAUGGAUUUCCAGCGGCGGCCUCAUCGCCCACCUACAAAGGUCCAUCCGGGUAUGGCGCCACCAAAGGCACAUCCACCAAACCUCUGACCCUACGGGCAGCUGUCAAGGCUUGUGAUGUAGAAGCUGUUCAGCGUGCAUUGCAGAAACUGGAGGGGAACUCCCAGGGGAACAGUGGAUUUGUGGAAGCUGCUCUGGAUGCCACGGAUGGUAUGGGACGAACCUUGCUGCACCUAUCUGCAGCGCAGCCACUUCGUCCAGGCACUGACCACAUUGUUCAGAUGCUGCUGUCACGUCGAGCACGACCAGGGGUUCCCGAUGCCAACGACCAAAGCCCGCUGGCUCUUUCAAUGGCAGCUGUGGCUGUGGCCGAUGACAGACCAGGUGCACUGGCAACCGCCUCUGCUGUGAUCUCAUCGCUCUUGAACGCCCGAGCUGAAGUUGUAGGUCGUGACUUGCUGGAGACGCGGAUGGCUGAGGGCAACGAAGAGGUGGCAGCUGAUUUGGCACAAAUCCUGUCGACCUUGGAUGAUCAUUUGAAGGAGCCUGAUCUCGACAAGAGCGUGGAGGAUAUUGAGAGCUUAGCUCAGAAGGUGAUGAUUGCAGUUGACCAACACAACGCGGCCAAUCUGGACUUAUGGUUGACGAAGCUACGAUCCAUCUCCGAAGGAGAAUCUGCCGUACAUGAUUUGGUGCGUGCUUUUGAUGUGGACGGGAACACUUUGCUCCACAGGUGUGCCAUAGGUUGCAGUGAAGGCGGUGAAUGCGGUGGCCAGAAAGUGGUGCAAGUCUUGGUGGCUGCACGGGCGGAGGCGAACAACAAGAACUUGUUGGGGGAGACGCCUUUGUUGGCCGCCGCACGCUGUCCGACAGAUGUGACAGCAGCGGAUGGCUUCGAUGGACGCUUCGGGGUGGUCUCUGCUCUGUUGGAGGCUGCAGCAGAUCCGAGUCAUCCGGAUGCCAUUGCCUCGGAAACGGCUCUGAUGGAACUGGCGUGUCGUGGGGAAGCUGAGCUGUGUCGCCUUCUACUGCAACACCGUGCCGAUGCGCUACUUCGCAACAGCCAUGGCCGUACAGCCAGGGAUUUGGCCAUUGAAAACCGUCAAAGUGAAGUGGUGAACCUCUUCACGGAGUUUGGCAUCGCUCCAGACAGAUCUGGAGUUCCAGCGGAUGAUGCGAUGAGAGCGGUGGAGACUUGCAAUGUGGAGGAGAUGCGGCUGCUGCUCCUUGAGGGCUCUCAGAUUUUGUCCAAAGGAGUCGAUGAAUCUGGACGUCAGCUUUUGCACUUUGCGAGUCGUCAGGGUGGACAAGAUGCAGCUGCAGAUAUGGUGAGGCUGUUGCUGGAGUAUGGUGCCCCAGUGAAUGCCGCGGAUUUCACAGGUGAAACUCCUCUGUCUUUGGCCAUCGCAGCUUCCCUGGAAUGUUUGGAGAGCGAGAGCGAGAGCUCGAACGCCUGGGCAGCCCUGGACACCAUCCGAGUGCUGCUGGUCUCUGGAGCCACCGAGCUGUCGUCCUCUGUGCGAGAACGGCUGGAGCGGCUGGAGCGGCUGGAGCGGCUGGAGCGGCUGGAGGGGCUGGAGCUUGACGAGGACAACCUGGCGGAGCUGCUCCAUUUGCUCCAGGCCUUCGGAAUCGUUGAUGGCCCAGCGCAGGGUGAACCAAGGAGCACAGAUGGCACAGAUGGCGCAGAUGGCGCAGAUGGCGCAGAUGCAGAGGGCACAGCCAAUUCGCAAAGUGAGGCGUUGGACCUGGAGCGGCAGUGCCAGGAGGAGGCGAUUCCCCUGGAGAGUUUGGGCUCUUUGGGUGCCAAGGCGGUCUUGGCAGCUUGUUGCCACUGGCGGCAGAUGAAUGUCAAGCAGCUGAAGGCAGAGUGCUCCGAAGUGGGCAUCCCCACAGAUGGAUGUGUUGAGAAGGGUGAGGUCAUUGAGCGGCUUCGCCAACUUCGAAUUUGGCAAGCCAUGCCCCUCAACAUUCUUCAAAAGGAAGCUAGCGAACGUGGCCUGAGCUUUGGAGCUAGCAUGUCACGUGCAGACAUGGAGGAUUUGCUUCUGGUGUCGCUGUACAAUGGCCGCAGUCGUCGGGAUCGCGUUCUGGAGAUGUGCAAGAAGAAGAAUGUCCCUGUGGACAAGUUCAAUGACCUGAGCAAGGCUGAGGAAGUUCUGAAACAGAUCAAACGCUUUGAGGAGGGCAGCGCUGGCGAUCUGAAGCGCGAGUUCGAACGACGUGGCCUGGCUGUAGAAGCUGGUACUGAAAAGCAGGACAUGGUGGCGAAGCUCACUGAUGUCUUGGUUUGGGAAAAGUUGCCGUUGAGCGCUUUAAGCAAAGUUUGUAGCGAGCGCAAGUUGAGCUUCCCAAGUGGAUCUAGCCGGGAGGAGCUAAUCCAGAAGCUGAUUGCCUCCAUAGGUCAAGUAAAGAUGGUGGAAUCGCGCUUCAAGAAUUUCUUCAACUAUGGAAAUCCAGCUGAUAGAUCGCAACACGCACAGGAGCAGAAAAGCGAGAAAAACUCAUCCCAGACGGGCAAGCCUGAGAAGUCAGCGAAGUCGGGAUUCGGCGAUGAUUACGAUCGCAUUUGGGAGGCGAAGGCCGAAGAGAACAGACGAGCUUUCGCAGCAGGCAAUCGCAAUCACGCUGGGAUGCCCUCGGGCCAGAGACGAAAUGCGGGACCUGGACCCCACCGGGCAACCAAGGUGUUGGUGGUGGAAGACCCAGGCCGCCUCCAGUAGCUCCAAAGCCGCCCAUCGAGCGCUACUUUCGAAUCUUGGGUUUGCCAGCCUCUGCGAGUCAUGACGAAGUUCGCAAGGCGUACCGAAAGCUUGCGCUGCAACAUCAUCCCGACAAGAAUCCGGGCCAGUCCCUCGAAGCCCUAGGUCCUCACUAGGUCACUGGGAUCACCACUGGGACUCACUACAGGAGUCACAUGGAGUCACUACAGGAGUCACUGGAGUCUGCAGAGUCACUGGAGUCGGAAUCGCUACGAGUCACUGCUGUAGUCGCGCCUGUUUAGCCGCUUGGUCGUUGCCGUCGCCAAGGAAAAAAGCAGCUGCUGAGAUCAAAUUCAGAGAGGUGGCUGAGGCGUACGACAAGGUCUGUGAGCACUUGAGACAGAAGUGAGGCAAAAGUGAGGCACAAGUGAAGUGUGAAGACCACGUGUUUCCGUUUGCUCCUCGGCAUUUUGGACGACUUCGACUUCAAGGCCAUGCUGACCAUGCUGAAUAUGAUUUGAACAUGACGUUGAACAGUUUCACUUCUGGCUCGAUGUAUGGCUGGAAUUUUGGAGGGAAA